AUGUAUCUUUUAUUUUGUACAGUGAUGCCACCAAAUAAAUUAACUAGACGAAUAUCAACUAAUCUAUCAGACAAACGAAAUUCAUUUGUUGAAGAUGAUUCUUUAGUUUUAUCUUCACCAAAAUGGCGUGCUAGUCUUGAUGAACAACAAUUUUCUUCUCUCAAUUCACAUAUACAAAGUUCAUUACGUACGAAUCAAUAUUCAUCUGAUGAUUUACAUCAAAUAAAAUUAAAAUCAAAACAUACAAAUUCAUAUCAAAAUGAACAAAAAUAUGAUGAAUAUUUAUCAUCAUUAAAUAAUACAUUCGUUCAUAAACGUCAACAAUAUUCAUUUAUAGAUAUAACACAUGAAAAUAAUCUUUCUCGAUUAUCUCUACGUUCAAUUUCUUAUGGAUUUGGUCUUGGAAUAAAAACAUGGAGAUCAAUAUAUGAUGAAAAAAAUCUUCAACAUAAAAAUAUGUUAUCAUUAUCUAAUUAUCAUUUACCAUCGAAUAAAAUAGAACUUGAUAUAAAUCAACAAGAAAUUAUUCGUCGUACUGGAUCUUUUAAAAGAAAAUCAGAUAUGAUUUUAUAG